GAGGAGGAUCAGUCAAGUUUCUCUUGUUAUGAGAGCACGGGAGACUUUUCAGAAGAUCUGAGGAAAGCAAACAUCAUUUUUGUAAUUGGUGGGCCUGGCUCUGGCAAAGGUAGCCAAUGCGAACAGUUAGCCAAGAAAUACGGGUUUACUCACCUGUCCACUGGUGACCUUCUCCAAAAUGAGUUAUCGUCAUUAUCAGAGAGAAGUAAAUUGAUCAAAGACAUCAUGGAGUGUGGUGAACCUGUGCCUGGCGGUAUUGUCCUAGAGCUACUGAAGGAAGCCAUGGUUUCCACGUUAGGGGACACAAAAGGAUUCCUGAUCGAUGGUUAUCCUCAGGAGCUGAAAGAAGCAGAAGAGUUUGAGAGCAAGGUUGGGGAACCAAAACUUGUGUUCUGCCUGGACUGCUCUGCAGAAACCCUGAGCAAUCGCCUUCUGAUGAGAAACCAGAGCAGUCAGUGCACUGAUAACGCUGAAACCAUCAUGGAAGAAAUCGAAAGCUAUAACCAAGCGUCAAAACCCGUGAUUGCAUACUAUGAAAGGAAGACACAGUUAUGCAAGGUUGAUGCAGACGGAUCACAGGAGGAGGUUUUUCUGGAAGUCUGCAAGACCAUUGACUCUUUUCUGACCAAGGAAGAGGCAGCAUCUUCGUUUCCAACAGAAACGCAGUAG